CCCACCGCGAGCGUCCCGCGCGGCCCCGCCGUGUUUACGAUGCCGCCGGCGCCGCUCUCCUGAGGCGGGCACGGCCGCGGCGGCUCCGGUUCCUCCGGUUCCUCCUCUCCCGACGCGCGGGCACCGGCGGGGCCCGGCGGGGCUCUGAGUUGAUUAUGGAAGAGGUGCACAAGAGCAGCAGUAACAGUUCAGUGUCGCCUUCGCAAACGUCAGCUGUACAAGGUACAACACUACAGGCAGCUCAGCUCUCUCAUAUUGCUCAACAGAUGUCUCUAAGAGGUCCUGCACCCUUGACAGUCGUUCAGCUUCCUGGAGAGCAAGUCCAGGUCCAGGGAGUCAUUCAGACAGCUCAGUCCUCUUCUGUAAUCCACUCACCUCAGGUGCAAACAGUGCAGGUCUCUUCUUUGUCUGAGAGUGAAGAUUCUCAAGAUUCAUCAGAUAGCAUAGGCUCCUCACAGAAAGCUCGAGGCAUCUUAGCUCGUCGUCCUUCAUACCGGAAAAUCCUGAAGGAUCUUUCUUCUGAAGAUACACGUGACAGGAAAGGAGAUGAGGAGAGUCCUGGUGUCUCUACUGUUACAUCUAUGUCUGUUCCCACACCCAUCUACCAGACAAGCACUGGACAGUACAUUGCCAUUGCUGCCAAUGGCUUGCAGCUGGCCAGCCCGGGCGCUGACGGCGUGCAGGGUCUGCAGACACUGACGAUGGCCAAUGCUGGUGGUGCUCAGCCUGGCACGACGAUACUGCAGUACGCACAGACAUCGGAUGGUCAACAGAUCCUUGUCCCCAGCAACCAGGUGGUAGUGCAGACUGCCUCAGGGGACAUGCAGACCUACCAGAUCCGCACCACCCCGACCACCACCUCCCUGCCCCAGACCGUGGUGAUGACAUCUCCUGUCACCCUGACGUCGCAGACGAGUAAGACGGAUGACCCACAGUUGAAACGAGAGAUACGGCUGAUGAAGAACAGAGAAGCUGCUCGGGAAUGCCGUAGAAAGAAGAAGGAGUACGUGAAAUGCCUGGAAAAUCGAGUUGCGGUCCUGGAAAACCAGAACAAAACUCUCAUUGAAGAGUUAAAAACUUUGAAAGAUCUUUACUGUCAUAAAAGCGUGUAAGAAAAGGAGGUGAAACUUUGGACUCUUUACAUUUCAGAGGAGAAAUUCUUUUUUUUAUACGGGAUUUUUUAACCUCUAGACAAAAGGUCAACAAUUGGAACUUUUCUACCUAGAUUUCACAGCUUAAAGACUCUCGAGAUUUUAUUUGGUGACAAAGUACAAGAAAGGCAACGGGAAAACCUCACCCAAAAUUCCUGCUGGCACAACUGGAAACAUUCUAAAGUCACGAUUGCACCGACAGUAAAGGACGGUCCCGUUUUACAGGGCAGGCGGUUAGAGUUUCUUCCCAUACCUCUUGUCACGGAGGCAAUAGGCGGUUACAGUUAAAACAUGGAUGACGUGGAA